AUGCAUGCUGACUACCAAGCUCCUCCAAUGACUGCCUUUGCACCGGGCAGACUUCAACAAAAAAGACCUGAACCAAGUAGCAGAGACAUUUUCUAUCCAUAUCCAACUUCGGUCAAGGAGUCCACUGCACAUCAGGACUACCAAGCGCCCGCUAUGGAGGAUGUGAGGGUCACAGCAGCAAGCCAGAAAGCUGACGAUUCAUUCAAGUUGUUGCCUGCCCGCUUUGAGGGUGAAUCCACAACGCAUGUGGACUACACUGCUCCUCCAGCCCCUUCCCUUGCAGCAAGGAGAGUUCCAGACAAACCCGAAGAAACACAACAACUUCUUCGCCCUGAUGCACCCGAACCCAGCCAGUCCACCACACAUCAUGAUUAUCGACCUCCACCCUUGGACCAGUUGAGGCAAGCUCCAUUUGUGGAGCAAACCCGGCAAUCAUAUGAGCAAGUUUGCUUCGAAGGCCAAUCCACCACUCAUGCAGAUUAUCCAGCACCUCCACAAGAUGCGCUGAGAGAUUCCUAUGCAAACCAUGCUCAUCCCAGCCAAGCUCCUGGUUUUCCAAAUGCAAUUCUGGGAGGAAGCAGAUUUGAAGGUGAGUCCAGUGCACAGCGAGAUUACCAAGCACCACCUUUGGAAGCGUUACGCCAGAUGUUGCAAAGCCGUGAUGUCCAGCCAGCAGCUGCGCAACCACCAGCGCGAUUUGAUGGUCAGUCCAGCAUGCAUGCUGACUACCAAGCUCCUCCAAUGACUGCCUUUGCACCGGGCAGACUUCAACAAAAAAGACCUGAACCAAGUAGCAGAGACAUUUUCUAUCCAUAUCCAACUUCGGUCAAGGAGUCCACUGCACAUCAGGACUACCAAGCGCCCGCUAUGGAGGAUGUGAGGGUCACAGCAGCAAGCCAGAAAGCUGACGAUUCAUUCAAGUUGUUGCCUGCCCGCUUUGAGGGUGAAUCCACAACGCAUGUGGACUACACUGCUCCUCCAGCCCCUUCCCUUGCAGCAAGGAGAGUUCCAGACAAACCCGAAGAAACACAACAACUUCUUCGCCCUGAUGCACCCGAACCCAGCCAGUCCACCACACAUCAUGAUUAUCGACCUCCACCCUUGGACCAGUUGAGGCAAGCUCCAUUUGUGGAGCAAACCCGGCAAUCAUAUGAGCAAGUUUGCUUCGAAGGCCAAUCCACCACUCAUGCAGAUUAUCCAGCACCUCCACAAGAUGCGCUGAGAGAUUCCUAUGCAAACCAUGCUCAUCCCAGCCAAGCUCCUGGUUUUCCAAAUGCAAUUCUGGGAGGAAGCAGAUUUGAAGGUGAGUCCAGUGCACAGCGAGAUUACCAAGCACCACCUUUGGAAGCGUUACGCCAGAUGUUGCAAAGCCGUGAUGUCCAGCCAGAAGCUGCGCAACCACCAGCGCGAUUUGAUGGUCAGUCCAGCAUGCAUGCUGACUACCAAGCUCCCCCACUGGAAGGCUUACGAAGAUGGCUGCGAGGUUGUGGAUUGAGACCGGAAGAGACGGCCGCACACUCCAAACAGGACCAGGGCACCAAAACAACAAUCCAACAGACAGCUCGCUUUGAGGGUCAGUCCACUAUGCACCAGGAUUUCCAAGCGCCACCACCAGUGAUCUUGAACCAGCCCCAGCCAGCUGCAGCAACAACAGGAGUGAGUCCAAUCCGGUUUGAAGGUGAGUCAUCCAUGAAGGCUCACUACCAAGCCCCAUCUGAGGAAGCGUUGAUAGCAGCGACAGGUGGCAUAAGGCAGCAGCAGCCAGACAUCAAAGUUGAGGAAGCAAAAGUGGCUUUUGAGGGACAGUCCACGAUGCGCCAUGAUUACCAAGCACUCCCUGUGGAGAAGCUGCUUCAGUUUUUAGGGCCACCAGCUUGUGAUGAAAUGGCUCCGCCAAUUCCUUUUGAGGGAGAAUCAUCCAUGAAGGCUCACUUUGUGGCUCCUUCAACCGAGGCAGUGCUAGCUGCAAGCAGCGCAAGUCUGAGACAUGCAGACUUACAGGCUUCAAGCCAGCCGACAGCUCGCUUUGAGGGUCAGUCCACUAUGCACCAGGAUUUCCAAGCGCCACCACCAGUGGCCUUGAACCAGCCCCAGCCAGCUGCAGCAACAACAGCAGUGAGUCCAAUCCGGUUUGAAGGUGAGUCAUCCAUGAAGGCUCACUAUCAAGCCCCAUCUGAGGAAGCGUUGAUAGAUGCGACAGGUGGCAUAAGGCAGCAGCAGCCAGACAUCAAAGUUGAGGAAGCAAAAGUUGCUUUUGAGGGACAGUCCACGAUGCGCCAUGAUUACCAAGCACCCCCUUUGGAGAAGCUGCUUCAGUUCUUAGGGCAACCAGCUUGUGAUGAAAUGGCUCCGCCAAUUCCUUUUGAGGGAGAAUCAUCCAUGAAGGCUCACUAUGCGGCUCCUUCAACCGAGGCAGUGCUAGCUGCAAGCAGCGCAAGUCUGAGACAUGCAGACUUGCAGGUUUCAAGCCAGCAGACAGCUCGCUUUGAGGGUCAGUCUACUAUGCACCAGGAUUUCCAAACGCCACCACCAGUGGCCUUGAACCAGCCCCAGCCAGCUGCAGCAACAACAGAAGUGAGUCCAAUCCGGUUUGAAGGUGAGUCAUCCAUGAAGGCUCACUACCAAGCCCCAUCUGAGGAAGCGUUGAUAGCAGCGACAGGUGGCAUAAGGCAGCAGCAGCCAGACAUCAAAGUUGAGGAAGCAAAAGUGGCUUUUGAGGGACAGUCCACGAUGCGCCAUGAUUACCAAGCACUCCCUGUGGAGAAGCUGUUUCAGUUCUUAGGGCCACCAGCUUGUGAUGAAAUGGCUCCGCCAAUUCCUUUUGAGGGAGAAUCAUCCAUGAAGGCUCACUAUGCGGCUCCUUCAACCGAGGCAGUGCUAGCUGCAAGCAGCGCAAGUCUGAGACAUGCAGUCUUACAGGCUGCAAGCCAGCAGACAGCUCGCUUUGAGGGUCAGUCCACUAUGCACCAGGAUUUCCAAGCGCCACCACCAGUGGCCUUGAACCAGCCCCAGCCAGCUGCAGCAACAACAGAAGUGAGUCCAAUCCGGUUUGAAGGUGAGUCAUCCAUGAAGGCUCACUAUCAAGCCCCAUCUGAGGAAGCGUUGAUAGCAGCGACAGGUGGCAAAAGGCAGCAACAGCCAGACAUCAAAGUUGAGGAAGCAAAAGUGGCUUUUGAGGGACAGUCCACGAUGCGCCAUGAUUACCAAGCACCCCCUUUGGAGAAGCUGCUUCAGUUCUUAGGGCAACCAGCUUGUGAUGAAAUGGCUCCGCCAAUUCCUUUUGAGGGAGAAUCAUCCAUGAAGGCUCACUAUGCGGCUCCUUCAACGGAGGCAGUGCUAGCUGCAAGCAGCGCAAGUCUGAGACAUGCAGACUUGCAGGCUUCAAGCCAGCAGACAGCUCGCUUUGAGGGUCAGUCUACUAUGCACCAGGAUUUCCAAACGCCACCAUCAGUGGCCUUGAACCAGCCCCAGCCAGCUGCAGCAACAACAGCAGUGAGUCCAAUCCGGUUUGAAGGUGAGUCAUCCAUGAAGGCUCACUACCAAGCCCCAUCUGAGGAAGCGUUGAUAGCAGCGACAGGUGGCAUAAGGCAGCAGCAGCCAGACAUCAAAGUUGAGGAAGCAAAAGUUGCUUUGGAAGGACAGUCCACGAUGCGCCAUGAUUACCAAGCACCCCCUUUGGAGAAGCUGUUUCAGUUCUUAGGGCGACCAGUUUGUGAUGAAAUGGCUCCGCCAAUUCCUUUCGAGGGAGAAUCAUCCAUGAAGGCUCACUAUGCGGCUCCUUCAACGGAGGCAGUGCUAGCUGCCAGCAGCGCAAGUCUGAGACAUGCAGACUCACAGGCUGCAAGUCAGCAGACAGCUCGCUUUGAGGGUCAGUCCACUACGCACCAGGAUUUCCAAACAACAUGCGUAGGGCUAGAGCCAAACCCUAGUGGAUCACCACCUGCACUGGCGCUUGCUCAUUUUGAAGGAGGGUCAACAGCACAUCAUGACUACGGAGUGCCACCAUUGGAGGACUUGCGGCAAUUGAUUUCAGGCACAAGUUCUGGGAGUCGUGAAAGGAAGCUUCCACAAACAACUUUUGAAGGAGAGUCGUCUAUGAGAGCUCACUACCGUGCUCCAUCAGCAGAUGCACUAAAAGAAGCAAGUCGAAGUCCGUACCAAGGGCGAAGAAGCAGUUCAGCACAUGCAGAUAGGUCUUCAGUCAAGUUUGAAGCUUCCUCGACCAGUCGCAUGGACUACAGGGCACCACCACUGGAAUUUUGGCAGCGUGAGCGGCUAGACAAAGAUGCAACUGCGAGUGGGCCACCUGCACCAGUCACUGGUCCCUUCGAAGGGGAGUCGUCCAUGAAGGCACACUAUCAAGCACCGCCACCGGAGUCUUUGAGGAUUACACCUCCGGUUGAGCCAUUUUCGAGAGAGCCUGCAACAGCAUUUGCUCGUUUUGAAGGAGGGUCAACGGCACAUCAUGACUACGGAGUGCCACCAUUGGAGGACUUGCGGCAAUUGAUUUCAGGCACAAGUUCUGGGAGUCGUGAAAGGAAGCUUCCACAAACAACUUUUGAAGGAGAGUCGUCUAUGAGAGCUCACUACCGUGCUCCAUCAGCAGAUGCACUAAAAGAAGCAAGUCGAAGUCCGUACCAAGGGCGAAGAAGCAGUUCAGCACAUGCAGAUAGGUCUUCAGUCAAGUUUGAAGCUUCCUUGACCAGUCGCAUGGACUACAGGGCACCACCACUGGAAUUUUGGCAGCGUGAGCGGCUAGACAAAGAUGCAACUGCGAGUGGGCCACCUGCACCAGUCACUGGUCCCUUCGAAGAGGAGUCGUCCAUGAAGGCACACUAUCAAGCACCGCCACCGGAGUCUUUGAGGAUUACACCUCCGGUUGAGCCAUUUUCGAGAGAGCCUGCAACAGCAUUUGCUCGUUUUGAAGGAGGGUCAACGGCACAUCAUGACUACGGAGUGCCACCAUUGGAGGACUUGCGGCAAUUGAUUUCAGGCACAAGUUCUGGGAGUCGUGAAAGGAAGCUUCCACAAACAACUUUUGAAGGAGAGUCGUCUAUGAGAGCUCACUACCGUGCUCCAUCAGCAGAUGCACUAAAAGAAGCAAGUCGAAGUCCGUACCAAGGGCGAAGAAGCAGUUCAGCACAUGCAGAUAGGUCUUCAGUCAAGUUUGAAGCUUCCUCGACCAGUCGCAUGGACUACAGGGCACCACCACUGGAAUUUUGGCAGCGUGAGCGGCUAGACAAAGAUGCAACUGCGAGUGGGCCACCUGCACCAGUCACUGGUCCCUUCGAAGGGGAGUCGUCCAGGAAGGCAUGGUGCAAUGGUGCACCCUUUUCUGGCUCAGGUCCAUUUGAUUGCAUUGAUCCCUUGUGGCGGUCCGAGCAUUCACGGCCAGAGAUGUCAGAGUCUUCGAAGGUUGAUGCUGAGACGGAGCAGUUUUCCAUGAGACAUUUUCCUGCUUGGGCCGUUGUCCCUAGAUCUUUCAGGGAGGCUGAGGAAGCCAGCCAAAUGCCUCAGAUGUCACAACCGCCACAAGGGCAGACCGUGGACACUGCAGAUAGGUUUGGAGAGGUUGCAGGCAAUCAUGCUUCGGAUGAGUACGAUGUUGGCCCAAGUGCGGAAGGGCCGAAGGCAAGCCGGUACCAGCCUCGUCAAGCUAGGCAGGAGAAGCAAGUUGGAACGUUGGAUGCUCAGUUUUCAGCCCACAAGUACUGGCUUCGAGAUGGAAUCGCAGAAACCACAGACCUGACAUCAGACGACAUCACAGGUCGCCCAUCUUCGGCUCAGCCAGCUGCGCGAAAGCAAGCUGCACCGCGGCCAGGCAGCUUCCGCUUUCGCUAUACCCUCCAAAACUGCCUUAUCUUCAUGCACGAUGGGUGCAUAGAGUUGAGACGUGGCACCGAAUGCCCGUGCAUAUCCGGAAAGCCAGCCAGCCUGAGUGGACUCCCCUCGCAGGAGCACAAUUGCCAAAGUCAGCAGCGAGGUUCACAUGUGCAGAUCCUUAGAACUCCACCAAAGCAUUUGGCAGAGGAUGCUACGAAAAGCUCCAGCCCAGGGGAGGAUGGCAUGUCCAGCGUGUCAGAGGCACCACAGGCUGCACCAGCAGCCACAUCUGUCAGUGGAGCAGCUGGAUUGCCGUCCAGUGUAGUGGGAAGACCAAUGAGGCGACGAUCCUUGAAACAGGUCCAGGCAGCUGGUUCAGGAGAGAAGGUGCAGCACAGCAACGUACCAAGGAUGGAAGAUCCUACCCCUCAGCAGACGGCAAGUGUCUGGGCCCAAUCCAACACUAAAGUGGAGCCAGAGAUCUCCACAACAAAGCGAGACUACAAAGCGCCACCACAAGAAGCCUUCGAGCAGGUCUCACAAACUGGGUUGGGGCCAAAGACUCGUGCACCUACAGUGGUGGGCAAGGGCAACAGUGAAAGAUAUGGGCACUGGAAUGUUGAUGGACGGUUCACAGCACCCGCUGCUUCAAGCAGGGAUCAGUACACGGCUCAGCCGCCGAAAGGCAAAGGAGAACCAGGAGAAAGGGCACCUCUACGCAUAAGCCAAUGA